CACUCAUUCAAUCAUUUAUUUGGCUGAAUAGAGUUCUGGCAUUAUAGCUGAUGUCAGUUCGUGAUGAAAAGCCUAAAUAUAAUUCCUAACCUUAACCAUCAAAUUUAUUAGGCAGGCACUCUCAAGGCCAUUUUAGAGUCGCUCAAAGGUCGUCCAUAGAAGUCUCAUCGCGUGCGAAAUGUCGCGGUGGCGCACCAAUCGCUUUAUGACGGCUUGACCUUCAAGUGCUCAGUGACCUCCAUCAGUGAACGAUACCCCUAGGAUCGUCCUGGUUGCGGAAAUCAGCGCAAAAAAUGACAAGAUUUGUCAAGCUAAUUUGCUUCCAAGUCCCAUCGGUAAAGCUAAGUGUCUCACGUUUCCCCUAUCAACAAUGGCCAGUAAGGCCAUAUCGUUCAGUUAGUUCAGCGAGUAACAGCUCUGUCACCCCAUCAGAAAAACGUGAAAACCUUCCACUAGCUAGUGUAACUGAGAAAGUAAAACAAACGACUAAAGAUGUUGGGUAUUUUACGGUAGUCCUUGGUGGCUUUGUGCUUACAGGCACCAUCUUAUAUGCAAUAAUUCAUGAACUUUUUUCAUCCAGGAGCCCUAAUGGUGUUUAUGACGAUGCCUUCAGAAUUUGUAAGACUGACAGUCGAGUGCUUGAUUGUUUUGGAAGUUCUCUCAAGGCUCGUACCAGCCCCGAUAGUCGUCGUAGAAGACAAAAUAUUGCCUAUGACUCAUGGCAUGAUGACAAAAGUCGACUGCAUAUGGCAAUGAAAUUUUACAUUAAAGGCAAUUUGGCAUCUGGUGUAGUUUAUCUCGAGGUUGUUGAAAAAACCAUACUCAUCGCUACCUAAAUCUGAAAACACUAGUUUAUUGGUAGGAAACCUUCGUACAUUUCACAUCCCGCAGCAUAAUUGUUUUCAUUGUAAUAAUUCGAAGUGGUAUACAUUUUUGGUAGAUCAUACAUCCUCCGCCUGUUCAAAAUUUUCUAUUCGCUAGCUUGUUAAAUAACCAUCCAAAUGAAUACAAUGAAAGUGAGUUCCAUAAGUCUGCAUGUAAAACACAUACCUUAUUUCGCGAUUUAAAAUGUAGAGAUAGGCAUCUUUUUCAUAAUGAACAAAUCAGUCUCACCAUAUUAACUUUCCCAUGGUACGACUGAGGGUGAAGAGAGUUCACUCUCCCUUUCGAAAUUCUCUCACAUGGCCAUGCGUAUAUAGCCACUACCAGGGAGGUCCUACUCACUGCCUUCCCGCGGCGUGGGUGUAGUUUACGAAAGUGAGAGGACGUAAAGCGAAUGUCUGGCGCCUUAACCGGGUUAGCGGGUUUGGAGCAUCCACCUAGGGGAGUUGGAAAAC